CGCCAUCGUCCAGUUCGCGCUGCGCUCUACCUACAGCCGCUGUGCGUGAGGCUGAGAUCGAUGGCGCCUGCGACUUCUACUUCGCUGCACUGGUGGUGAUGGCUUACAAUCCUCCCUCCUCGAUACACACUCACUGCAGUCUCGACGAAGUCUACAGACUUGACCCUUGAUAACUGUGCACCCUGUUGUCUGCUCUUAAGCGGGUGACGCGCUUUCAAGCGUGCAGCGCGCAUGGCAACCGUACACCGGCACAGCUUCACAAGGCUGACUGCUGGAGAUCAGAACGAUGACCAGUCUUGCUUGAAUAUCGUGUUCGUCCACGGGCUUCGAGGUCAUCCUCGAGGAACUUGGGAAGCGGCGGCGAGCGCGAGCCACAGUAGCAGCAGCGACGCGACCAAAAAGCCCAAGAGCUUCAGGGCCUUGUUCAAGCGACGAACGGUCAAGUCUUCAGCAACAGACACUGAACAAGCGCACGCUCCCUCCUCCAUCCCCGCCUCGUCGUCACUACCAUCGUCUACAAUCUUCUGGCCGGAAGAGUACCUCGUGCCGGAUGUCCCUGAAGCCCAGGUGUGGACAUACGGAUAUAACGCAGACGUUAUCGGAGGUCUUUUCCAGGCGAACAACAAGAACAGCAUCUCACAGCAUGGUCGGGACCUGUCGGUCAGACUAGAGAGAGAAAUUGGGAAUGGAAAACCGAUCGCGUUCGUGGUACACAGUCUGGGUGGCAUUAUUGUCAAAGAUGCUAUCCACCGAUCAGAGCUGAUCCGUGAACAAACGAAGCUCAUCAUCUUCCUCGGGACGCCGCACCGAGGGAGUGCGUAUGCAGGCUGGGGCCAGAUUGCUUCAAACCUUGCGUCCCUCACACUUCAAGAUUCGAACAAGAAGAUUCUCGAGACGCUAGAAGUAAACAACGAAGUUCUAGACAACAUUCACGAGGAGUUCAAGACGAUCGCGUUCAAGGGGACAAUGAAGAUUCAUUCAUUUCAGGAGGCACGGAGCAUCACUGGUAUGAAAGGGCUGAACGAGAAAGUAGUAGACGACUUCUCGUCAAAACUCGACCUCCCACGAGCGCUAGAGACUGUCGAAAGCAUAGAUGCCAAUCACAUGCAGAUGACCAGGUACAGCAGCAAAGACGAUCAAGGCUAUCGUGCCAUUUCUGGCGUCUUGAAAGCCUUCGUCCGACAAGAGCUUGGAAGUCAGCAGCUACCGCCUACUAACGUUGCGGAUGUGGCGGACGUUGCAUGUACGUAAGACUAUUACCUGUCAAGUAUAGCGUUAUAGGACGCUCACAAAAGGUUCUUUUACUAGCAAAUGAUGCCUUGUUCAUGGUCCCCUUUUCUCGCGACAACUGCUUUGUUGGCCGAGAAGACAUCAUCGCAGAAGUUAGCAAGCAUCGAGCCUCACAGACACACACACGCGU